CUUCCUCUCCACCAGAGGGCAGCAGAGCUCAGUGUGUGUGUGGAACCUUUGAUCGGUGACGUCGAACAUGUUAUUGUGGCGCACCAAGAUGUCUUCACUAAGGAGGCUAACAAGCUGCCUCCGUCUGCUCCGCUCAAAGUCUGCAGCUCAUCACAAACCUGUGAGAUGGACCAACAUGCUGUACACAGGUGUGGCAGGUGUCACAGGUGUGGCAGGUGUGGCAGGUGUGGCGUCUGGGCUGCUGUGUGCGGUGCCUUUCAGACAGGUUGACAACCUCUCUCAGGACUCUCUGAUCAAACGAGCGGCCUCUCUGGUAACAGACAGUUCAAGCACUUUUCUCUCUCAGACCACCUUGGCUCUCAUAGAAGCCAUCACAGAGUACUCAAAAGCUGUGCACACACUCAUAGCUCUCCAAAAACGAUAUUUGGAUUCACUGGGAAAACUCACUGCAGCAGAAGAGGACACAAUCUGGCAGGUGAUCAUCCGCCAGCGUGCAGAGGUUAAUGACAGACGAGAUGAAUGCAAGCGUUUUCAUGAGUCCUGGUUCAGCGCAGUCAAGCUGUGUGAAAUGGCGUCGGAGGCGGCGUACACCUCAGGAGCUGAACAUGCGUCCAUCACUGUGAAGACAAACGUUCAGGUGGCCCAAACGCAGGUGGAGGAGGUGCAGAAACUGUCAGUGGACGCGGAUAAGAAGUUAACCGAGGCUAAAGUAAUGGAGGUCCAAAGGAUGGCGCAACAUGCUGCCUCCUCACAGAGUGACGAGGAAGACAUACCCGAGGCUUAUCUGAGAGAAGACUGAAGUCCAGAGGUGUCUGGGGAACAAAGUGAAUAAUUUAUCAUGUCUACAGAGUCUCCUUUCUUUUCUGGUCUGUCAUAUGUUGAUUUGAUUUGUUCCUAUUCCAGUUAGACUGUGUUCAAAUUUUACGUGCUUACAUCUGCACACAGUGCCAGAUAUAGGCAAGUAUCACACACACAAAAUGAGGACGUCUCCAUAAUUGUUUGGUCAUUUUAGACAUUUUGUUGAAUAAUGCUUCAGCAGCAUAGAAGAUUCUGUUUUCUCUCAGCUGUUUGUCGUCUUGUGACUUCAACAGCAUCAGAUUCUUGUGUUAUAUUUUGCCAACAUGUAUUGUAAUAAAGACAAAAUACUAAAAACAUAAA